AAAAGCGCUCAGCGCUCAGUCCACACGCGCACCGACUGACAGCACGAGCAGGAGUUGAUGUGUUGUUCUGGACUGCUUUAUAACUCUUGGAUAUUUUUUGUGAACAGUUGGGAAACAAUACAAGGUGGACUAACUCAGCAAACGAAAAAUAAACAUGCUGUGCGUUCGCAGUUCAGGUGAAUGUUUCCGGGACCAGAUGCGCUGCAUGAUGAGGUCUCUUCAGGAUCUGAAGCAGAUAAGAGAACCCGACGAUCAAACGAAGUGCUCAUACGUGACUCGAGCCUGUCAAAAAAGGGUACAACAGAGGGAGCUCAGCCGCCUGCGGACUUCUGACAUCAGUGACGCCAGCACCUACGAUUCGGCCUGCUGCUUGGACAAUCCACUGGAGGAAGAGGAGGAUGAGGAGGCCAGUGUUGGCCGUCUACCUCAAGGCUCCCCGAGCAGCAUGAAAAGUCUUGACUUUGAUUCAGGAUACUCGGAAGCAUCGUGGCAGGACGAAGGUGUGGUGUUGAGACGUACGAGGAAUGUACGCGUUUCAUCGUCCGCGUGCAUCCGCACGAACCAAAUUAGACCCAAAUCCACAUCAGAUGCAUGCCUGGAGCGCUGGAUGCCGUUUGAGGCCAGCGACCCAACGGACUGGACCACAUCUUUGUUAACCCGAGGGCGUAACAGGCAACCAUUGGUUCUUGGGGACAACAGCUUUGCAGAUCUUAUUAAGAACUGGAUGGAUCUUCCAGAAUGCCCAGAUUCUGCAGAACUCAAGCCGAACGCUAGCUGCAAAAUAGCCAAGGACUUUUUGGUCAAUAUGCGGCGGAAAUUAGCGGGCAUGUCAAAGGGAGUCGAGGAGAGAAAGGCUUGCACUAAACGCAUGUCUUGUCCGGUGGGAUUUCAAGCCCCCAAACCGUUCUUUCACCAGUCCCACACAAGUUUGCACCAUUUGGGACCAGACUUUUACCAGUUCAGCACUGUCAUGAAGACUGGGAGUCGACAGCCUAUCAUAUGCAAUGACAUCAUUGGAUACAUCUGAUGUGUUUAUUUAAAUGGAAUGGAGUUUAUUUCUGAAAACAUCUAAUAUUGUUCUACAUAAUUAAUAAAUGUUUUUAUAUAAAAUAAACUUUUCUGCGUAUUUCUAAAA